AUGAAUUCGGUUACUUUGCCUCCGAUGAAUUCGUUCACUGAAAAAGCUUUAACAUGCAGUGGUGCUUUUCCUGUUGAACCACAGAAUACUAGUGACUGUUUCUUCAAUAAAACUCAACUUCAUCAAGCUGAAAUACCUGCUGCUAAUGGUAUUACAAAUGCUCGUACUUUAGCACGGAUAUAUGCACGUCUCAUGAGUGAUAUCAAUGAAGAUGGUCAAAAAAAACAACGUCUUAUAAGCGAAAAGACAUUAUCACAAGCUACAACAAGUGUGACACCAUCGGAUGAACCUGAUCGAAUUUUGUUUGGUGUAAAAUCAAAUUUUGGAAAGGGUGGUUUUCAAAUGUAUAGUGAUUAUUUCAAAGCAAUGGGUAUUGGUGUAUUUGGCCAUAAGGGUAUGGGUGGUAGCUGUGCAUUUGCUUAUCCUCCACAACAAUUGACUUUUGCUCAUGUUUGCAAUCAACUUAAUUUCGGUAUGCCAACUCUUGACCCGCGCACUAAUAUAACAGUUAGUGAUAUAAUAUUACAUCGACCUGGUUUGCCAUAUGUUGAUGAAAAAUUAACGCUCGACGAUGUAUGUAAUUGGUCUCGAACAACUUCUCUAUUGGCAGCUGAAAAGCCACAUUGGGAACCUGGAACCACACAUGGAUAUCAUCCAAUUACGAGUGAUUUUCUUGGUGGUGAUGCACUAAUUCGUUGUGACAAUCGUCAUAAUUGUCCCUUUGAUCGAUUCGUUCGUGAAGAAUUAGAUACUAAGUUUUGUGUUGGUGUCUCCAAUUAUGAGAUUGAAGCAUAUGUUGUCGAUCUCAGUUUCAAAAUAAUAAGAAGAAAGAUAAUACGCUAUCGCUAA